AUGAGGCUCCAGCUGGAGAAGCAGCUUUUCUUCCUCUCCCUCCUCUGCAUCCUCUCCAAGGUGUGUGCCCAGCUGUGCCGGAGACCAUGCUACUGCCCCUGGGUGCCACCCCGCUGCCCCCGUGGGUCCCCCCUGGUCCUGGAUGGCUGUGGCUGCUGUAAGAUCUGCGCCCGGCGCCUGGGAGAGCCCUGCGACUUCCUCCACGUCUGCGACCAGAGCCAGGGCCUCAUCUGUGACUACAGCGCGGCACCCGCGGGGACCGGAGCCACCUGCAACUUUGAAGAUGGCGAGGAGGGCUGCGAGGUGAAUGGCCGAGUCUAUCGAGAUGGGGAGGUUUUCCAGCCCAGCUGCAAACUCCAGUGCCGCUGCCUGGAUGGGGGCUUCACCUGCAUCCCGCUCUGCCAGGAGGAUGUCCGGCUGCCCACCCCAGAUUGCCCCUACCCGCGGCGCGUGGAGGUCCCGGGGAAGUGCUGCCCAGAGUGGAUCUGUGAGGCCCGGGACCGGCACCUCCUCCGGGAUGCUGGGGCAGCCCGCGGGGCAGCAUCCCCACGGCUGCCGUACCCCUGCCAGGAGUGGGGCACGGAGUGGAGCACCUGCUCGGCCACCUGCGGCGUGGGCUUUUCUACCCGCAUCUCCAACCAGAACCGCUACUGCAGGCUGGAGACUGAGAGGCGGCUCUGCAUGGCCAGGCCCUGCCCAGCUCUGCAGGCAGCACCCCUGGCGGUGAGAUACCAGCUUCUUCCCACCCCUGAUUUAGAUUAG